AUGGACAACAAACUUGCACAGAGCGUGGUUGAUUUGGAGAAAUUCUUCAGUUCCCGUAUGCAGGAGUACGAAAAUAAGCUUCUGAAGGUUGCUGCUGGCAGUGCUCCUAAACAUCCUGACCUGGCUUCGCUCUCAACGGAAUUCCUGGAGUUCAAAAGUUUUGUUUGUCAGACACUGAAACUUCUGAAAGCACAGACUGAGCUCCUUUCCCGUGCCCUGGACAAACAUGAAACUACUAUGCGUAGGAAGAUCCUGCUGUUCCACGGUGUUCCAGAGAAGACCAACGAGAAGCUCAACGAGACUGUCCUGGACGUCGUUGUCAAGCGCAUGAAGGUGGAUGAUGCCUGCUUGGACAUUUUUGAGGUUUGCCACAAACUUGGUGCCUCACAGGGUAAAACCAGGCCUGUGCUGGUACGCUUCAGGGAUAUGGAGCACCGUCGUGUUGUCUAGGACAACAAAACCUUACUUAAAGGCUCAGGUAUCACAAUAUCUGAGUUUCUCACUAAGACGCGACAUCAAGUUUUUGUU